AGGUUUUCCAUUUGGUCUGUUCAACCUGUUAUUUUUAUUUUCUCACAUAAUUCCCAGUGUUUAUCUCUUCAUGUGUUGAUACUCCUCCGCUGAGUCGUUCUUCCAGCUGCUGAAGUGGACUUUGGCUUGCGCGCGAAAUGAAGUUAAUGCAGUUCACAACCUGCACUGAACAACAUACAGGUCUUGCUAGUGGACAGCGGUGUAGUGUUUUUAGUUUGUUAGAGUCAUAGGCUGUGUGAGUUGAGGAGGAAACACCUGUUGCACCUGCACGGCCUGCCGAGGACUCCUAAUCGCUGCUGCCGCUGAGUUUCCUGUCUGAACUAAACGCAGAUAUCGAUAAUGAAAGCUUGAUAUCAUCCUCAAACAACCGAGAAGGAAGCUGAUUAAGAGCAACUUUUAUUUUGGGAGCAAAGAUGGAGUCGGUCGGGCAAAGGGCAAAGAGCCUGGCACUGAUUUUUCUAAUUGUGGUGUGUGUGCAGAGUGACUUUGUGGAGCCUCCUGAACCAGACGCCUCCCUGCGCUCCAUGUCAGAGAGUCAGACGAGGCUUCCCUGUCGCUACCAGGUGGAGGAGGGCGAGAAGGUGGUGCAGGUCACCUGGUACAAGGAGCUCGCGGACGGCAGCAAGGACCAGAUCAUCACGGCCCACUUCACGGACGGCCACACGGAGUUUGGGCGUUACUCUGGUCGGGUGAGGUUCGAGAGCGGCAGCCCCACGGAGAACUCCGCUCUGCUCAUCCCCAGUACGGAGGAGUCGGACGAGGGCAGCUACGCCUGUCACAUCUCCACCUUCCCAAACGGAAACUUUGAGAGGCACAUCACCCUCACCGUCUGGAGUUCACCCAUCUCCUCCCUGGAGCCUGUGGUCCUGGUGGAGGGCCAGUCGUUCCGUGUGGCCGCCACCUGUCGAUCCGUGGGUCGCCCGCUUCCCCGUCUCUCCUGGGACACCGACCUGCCAGGCCUGUCCCAGAACCGCACCAGCGAGGGCGGCUCCGUGUCCAGCCACUACUCCCUGCACCCCUUGCGGAGCAUGAAUGGGAAAAAGCUGGACUGUUUAGUGUGGCAUCCCAGCCUGGACGGGCCGCGCAGGCUCUCAAACCGCCUGGUGGUUCAGUACCCCCCAGAUGCCACCAUCUCCACUCCCUCAGGAGACUUGUAUGUGGGUUUGGAGAAAGCUGAGCUGCUGUGCAACAGCGGGGGAUACCCCAAACCUCAGAACGUCACCUGGACAUGGAGGGGAGGAGCUCUGCCAGACGGGGUGUCUGUGGUUGGAGGAAAACUUGUUUUUGGGCGGGUCCUGCGCAUGAAUGACAGUGGGGUCUAUGAGUGUGUUGUCAAGAACAACGUAGGAGUAGGAAAAGCAGAGUAUACACUGACUCUAACAGAGACAUCUCAACGCCAGGGCGACUCCUCUGAUGAUAACCUGCUGCUGAUCAUUAUCGGCGCCUCAGCCGGAGCUCUGGUCAUGGUGCUGGUCAUUGUCGUCCUGCUGGUCAACCGCUACCAUCGGCACAGAAACAAAAAGCUUGAGAUGGAGCUCAGCGAGAAAACGGAGGAAAUUAACAGCCUCUCCAGACAAGCCUCCUUCAGGAGACUGAACUCUGUCAGCACAGACCCCAGAGUGCCGGCUGAAGAUUACGCCCUGCUCAGAGUAGACAGCAGAAUGAACCACAGCCAGUCUCUGGAGCGACCCACCUACAAAGACAGCCAGUCCACUCUGGGCGGGAAGUGGGGUCCUCCAGGAGGGGUGGAGGUGGAUGAACUGGGGCGUCCGGUCGUCUGGCAGGACGACAGCGAGAGCCUGAGAGGGGCAGAGAUGGACGGAGAGAAGGAGGAGCGCAGGAGGAGGGUGGAGUCGUACCUGAAGAGCAGCAACAUGUCACUGGACUCGGGUCUUCCUUCGUCCCUGGUUCCCCUGAAGGCCCAGCAGGACGACGCAGUCGGGCCCAGAGAGCCAGACCUCGGUCACGUCAGGGAAGAGGACUGGGCCCCGGCACAGUCGGUAGAGCAGGGACGCGAUGAGGACGACAGCAGCAGCUCCUUCCAGAUCUCAGAGGCGCUCACUACUCACUUCUACUACAGUAACGGGGUCCUCAGACCCAGGCCACACUCCAAUGCCAUUCUGCUGAACCCCAGAGGACAGAUUAUCUAGACUGGAGGCUCUCAGCCACUACAUGUCUGCAUUCCUGCAUUGACAGUGAUCUUAUUCUUUGUAAAUGGAUGUUUGUUUUGUACACACUGACUGCAAUGGGUAAUUAGCCACAGGCACGACCCAAAUUUGAUCAUUUUUUUUUACCUCUGGGUUGGGAGAUUUAUUUUAAGGCUAUAAUAAUUGGGGAGUGUUUUAAGGUGAUUUUAUGUCUUCAUUAGAUACCAAACAGUGGAGAGGAAAUGCGGAGAGAGAGAGAGAGAGAGAUGGUGAAUGACAUGCAGUAAAAGUCCCCAGCCAGACAUGGACCAGGAACUAAUUUGGAAGUUUUUAAACCUAAUUAUUUUGAAGAAACAGAGAACCAAACGGCCAACGAUUUUUACCUUUCAUGCACCAAAAUGGCAUUUAAAUGAAAACUUUUUCUCUCCUUGAAAAUGCAUGGAAUCAACGUUCCUGUUACACAGUGUUUACUGGAUUCGUGCAUCCACGGCUUCUGAUGAAUUACAGCUGGAUCCCUGUGAAUCCUGUCAACUGUUUACAUCAAAAACAUUCAUGGAACACAAUAUGAACAAGCUCUAAGUCGUGGCCAAGUUAGAGUGAACUGGACUCAGAACCUUUAUAUUUCAGUGUGGAUGCACCUGUGGAUAAAAAGUUAGUGUGUGUAUUUGUACAUGUAUCUAUUUUAUAUAUGUAUAUAUAUAUAUGUAUAUAUGAGGAAGGGAUAAAGAGCUACUGUAUGGUUAUGAUGAUGUUAUGAACAGUUACCUGCAACUACAAAAAGGUCAGAAAAGCUGUUACUCUGAGGACCUGAACAUAGACAUGAAACAAACUGUUCAUGGAUAGAACAUGUGGAACUGGCUUCCACGACCGGGUUUAAACCACAUCUACAUUAAACUGUCAGUGCACAGCAAUCAGAGGCAGCACCCUCAGGCGAGGCAAACCAGGCAAAUGUUUGUGGCCCCAAAGGGAAAAAAGAGCCCCAUGAUGGCCCCUCAUAUGUUGACAACUAUAAGCUGUCUUAAACCUCCCAUGAAGACACCAUACAGUGCACCGCUGCUGCCCCAAAACCUCCCUGAGUGGGGCCCCUGAUGAUGUGUGCUGUAGCUAGCCUCUACUGAUUGCCUGCAUGUGAGAUGUUCCAGGAACAUCUGUAAAUUGUAGCAUCUGUCAAUAGUCCCCCAAAGUCUAGGAUCACCACUGACAGGAGUGGAGAGACUGGAUGAAACGUGCAGGAGAUGAACUGUAAAACAUCAUCCUGUGUUAACGGACUGCCAGUUGUCAGACAGCAAACAUACAUGUGGAAAUUGUUUUAUAUUCAUCCAGUGUUUUAUAUGAAACUGAAAAAAAAAACCUGACAUGUAAAUAUUAACAUGGAAUGUGUAGUCAUGAAAGUACAGCAUAUUCAAGUUUAAAAACAGAGUCAUUGUCCUUUAUUGAAACUUGGGAUAAUAAGAUUGUUUCACGUCGUGUGAGGAUAAAGGGCAUCACGAGGCUGACCCCAGCUGCUGUAUUAGGCUGUAGUGAUUUCCUGCUUUCUCUGUGUUCUAACCGCCACGUUCCUCAUUGGCUCAGUAAUAACUAAAAUAGUUGAGAUUGUGGAUACAAGUAGGAAAUCUCAGAGAACCGCUGUAUUAAAUGAUUAGUUCGACAGUUUGGUAAAUGUGUUAAUUUGCUUUCUUAGAUAAGAAGUUCCUCUCUCAUGUCUGGAUGGUAAUCAUAAGGCUAGUGAGCUGAAGAGGUGCUGGUAAGAGGAUUUUGUUACUGCUGGAGAGAGCCAGGCUAGUCGUUUCCCCCUGCUUCUAGUCUUUACGCUAAGCUAACUAGCCAACUAGCUGCUGGGUGUAGCUUCAUAUUCACCGUACAAACAUGAGUGCUAUCAAAUGGUAUCAAGAAAGUAAACAGAUGCAUUUCCCAAAAUGUCAAUCUAUUCCUUCAAGAUGCUGCCUCUCCACUCAGAGCGGAUAGUUCGGGCAGAAGUGAACCAGGCAUGGACAACUGGAGGAGACUGG